AUGGGGUUUAAUUCUUUGUUACUUGAAAAAUAUGUGCCUAGAACUUUGAGAGAUUAUGAGAAGGAUGAGUUUAUGGCUAUGGAGCAAGGUGGGAUGUUUGCGGAUGCUUAUAAGGCUAAGUUCAAUGAUUUUUCUUUAUAUGCUAUACAGUUUGGAUCUCAUUCUAAAGGAUCUUGCAGGCCAAUGCUAGAAUCAAAGUCAAUUAAGUCUGUUAUGUCGGCCUCUAGAGAUGAGGAGAGACUCCCCUACUCGCGCAUACUAGACUUCACGGUACAGCCAUCUAGAGUAGUGGUCUCCACAGGAAAUGGUAAUAAUUAUAAACGACGUACACAAAGUAGUACAAAAGGUAAUCAGCGAGGUUGUGAAGGUAGAGGAAAUGUUGGUGGACGUAGAGGUAAUGGGAAACAAGAAAGGCGAGUAGCUCGGGAAGAUGAUAGGGUGCAAUGUUAUGCUUUUUCAGGCAAGAAUGAGGCGGAGGCGUCUGACGCGAACCCAGCAGCAGAAACAAGAGAGCAGCUGCAGAAACAAGAUAGACCAGCAGCAGAAACUAGAGAGCAGCUGCAGAAACAAGAUAGACCAGCAGCAGAAACUAGAGAGCAGCUGCAGAAACAAGAUAGACCAGCAGCAGAAACUAGAGAGCAGCUGCAGAAACAAGAUAGACCAGCAGCAGAAACUAGAGAGCAGCUGCAGAAACAAGAUAGACCAGCAGCAGAAACUAGAGAGCAGCUGCAGAAACAAGAUAGACCAGCAGCAGAAACUAGAGAGCAGCUGCAGAAACAAGAUAGACCAGCAGCAGAAACUAGAGAGCAGCUGCAGAAACAAGAUAGACCAGCAGCAGAAACUAGAGAGCAGCUGCAGAAACAAGAUAGACCAGCAGCAGAAACUAGAGAGCAGCUGCAGAAACAAGAUAGACCAGCAGCAGAAACUAGAGAGCAGCUGCAGAAACAAGAUAGACCAGCAGCAGAAACUAGAGAGCAGCUGCAGAAACAAGAUAGACCAGCAGCAGAAACUAGAGAGCAGCUGCAGAAACAAGAUAGACCAGCAGCAGAAACUAGAGAGCAGCUGCAGAAACAAGAUAGACCAGCAGCAGAAACUAGAGAGCAGCUGCAGAAACAAGAUAGACCAGCAGCAGAAACUAGAGAGCAGCUGCAGAAACAAGAUAGACCAGCAGCAGAAACUAGAGAGCAGCUGCAGAAACAAGAUAGACCAGCAGCAGAAACUAGAGAGCAGCUGCAGAAACAAGAUAGACCAGCAGCAGAAACUAGAGAGCAGCUGCAGAAACAAGAUAGACCAGCAGCAGAAACUAGAGAGCAGCUGCAGAAACAAGAUAGACCAGCAGCAGAAACUAGAGAGCAGCUGCAGAAACAAGAUAGACCAGCAGCAGAAACUAGAGAGCAGCUGCAGAAACAAGAUAGACCAGCAGCAGAAACUAGAGAGCAGCUGCAGAAACAAGAUAGACCAGCAGCAGAAACUAGAGAGCAGCUGCAGAAACAAGAUAGACCAGCAGCAGAAACUAGAGAGCAGCUGCAGAAACAAGAUAGACCAGCAGCAGAAACUAGAGAGCAGCUGCAGAAACAAGAUAGACCAGCAGCAGAAACUAGAGAGCAGCUGCAGAAACAAGAUAGACCAGCAGCAGAAACUAGAGAGCAGCUGCAGAAACAAGAUAGACCAGCAGCAGAAACUAGAGAGCAGCUGCAGAAACAAGAUAGACCAGCAGCAGAAACUAGAGAGCAGCUGCAGAAACAAGAUAGACCAGCAGCAGAAACUAGAGAGCAGCUGCAGAAACAAGAUAGACCAGCAGCAGAAACUAGAGAGCAGCUGCAGAAACAAGAUAGACCAGCAGCAGAAACUAGAGAGCAGCUGCAGAAACAAGAUAGACCAGCAGCAGAAACUAGAGAGCAGCUGCAGAAACAAGAUAGACCAGCAGCAGAAACUAGAGAGCAGCUGCAGAAACAAGAUAGACCAGCAGCAGAAACUAGAGAGCAGCUGCAGAAACAAGAUAGACCAGCAGCAGAAACUAGAGAGCAGCUGCAGAAACAAGAUAGACCAGCAGCAGAAACUAGAGAGCAGCUGCAGAAACAAGAUAGACCAGCAGCAGAAACUAGAGAGCAGCUGCAGAAACAAGAUAGACCAGCAGCAGAAACUAGAGAGCAGCUGCAGAAACAAGAUAGACCAGCAGCAGAAACUAGAGAGCAGCUGCAGAAACAAGAUAGACCAGCAGCAGAAACUAGAGAGCAGCUGCAGAAACAAGAUAGACCAGCAGCAGAAACUAGAGAGCAGCUGCAGAAACAAGAUAGACCAGCAGCAGAAACUAGAGAGCAGCUGCAGAAACAAGAUAGACCAGCAGCAGAAACUAGAGAGCAGCUGCAGAAACAAGAUAGACCAGCAGCAGAAACAAGAGACAAGACUACAUGCACUAAGUUAAUCAAAUGGUGGAGAAGAGAAAGAGACUCUGUAAGCAGAUUUAGGGAAUGGAUUGAAAGAGAAGACUGUUUCAGCUCUCAGUUUGAAUCAGAACUUCGCAGUAAUAUCAACAAGGAGUUAUUGCAGGCCAUUCAAUCGAACCUCAAAAACAUCACCAAAGAGAACGAGCUGGUUGUUUUCCUCGACGAGCUUCAACAACAGCUUCACCACCGAGCUUCAACAAUGAGCUUCAGCAACGAGCUUCAACACAGCUUCACCUACGAGCUUCACCAACAACUUCACCGACAGCUCUUCACCGACGAGCUUCACCAACAGCUUCACCAACAAGCUUCACCAACGAGCUUCACCAACGAGCUUCACCAACAGCUUCACCAACGAAUUUCGUUUUUCUCACCAAAAUCAUCAGAAAUUCCUUUCACAGCUUCACCCAGAAAACGGCUCUCUCACAUUGCUUUGAUGAAUGUUUCUGAAAAAUAA